AUGGGCAUUUGGAAACGAAAGAUUGUCGUCGACGACAAUGCCAUCACUGAAGGAUCCGGCCUGACACUCAGACAAUCACUAUUACCUUGUGGUCUUGUAACGAUUCUCUUCUUCCUCUGGGGCUUCGCCUACGGUCUUCUCGACGUUCUCAACUCUCAUUUCCAAUCCACCCUCAACAUCAGCGCAAGCAAAGCCUCUGGACUCUCAGCCGCCUAUUUCGGUGCCUACUUCCUUUGCCCCUUGACAAUAUCUGGUUGGAUCCUCCGCCGCUAUGGUUUCCGCGUAACCUUUAUGAUUGGCCUCGCCAUCCUAGCAGUCGGUUGCCUCCUCUUCUGGCCAUCAGGCAUAAAAGCCUCCUUUGGCGGUUUCUGCGGCAGCAUGUUCGUCGUCGGCGCGGGCCUCUCAACCCUCGAAACCGGCGCCGAUAACUUCCUCUCCAUAUGUGGACCCCCUCGCUACUCCGAGAUCCGCCUCAACAUUGCACAAGGCGUGCAAGGCGUCGGAUCCUUCGUCGCACCACUUCUGGCAUCCCGUGUGUUCUUCGCGAAGACGGUAAACACGGCGCAGGGGCUCAAGAACGUGCAGUGGGUGUACUUGGGCGUAGCGUGCUUUGUCGCGUUGCUGAUUAUACUGUUCUAUCUUGCGCCGAUGCCUGAGGUCACUGAUGCGGAUAUGAAUAUCCAGGAGGAGGAUAUUGCGGGCGAGGAUGUUGGGCCAUUCAGGAAGCAGUAUAACCUCUUCUUUGGGGUGUGGUCGCAGUUUUGCUAUGUCGGUGCCCAAGUGGCAGUUGCGAAUUACUUUAUCAACUUCUGCCAAGAAGCCGGAUACACGCCAGCGAUGUCAUCCAACCUUCUCGCCGUCGGCCAAGGCACGUACGCCUUCAUGCGUUUCGUGACCGCCGCCCUCAUGACUAUGCGUGCCUUCAAACCUCGCUUCAUCAUGGCCCUUUACCUAGGGCUGUGCUUCAUCUUCGGUCUCGCGGCUGUUCUAACCCAUGGGAAGACCAGCGUGUCGAUGCUGAUUCUCGUUUUGUGCUUUGAGAGCGCCUGCUUCGCGACAAUAUUCACCCUUGCCCUGCGCGGGCUAGGCCGACACACCAAAAUCGGCGGCAGUAUGCUCGUCGCCGCGAUAUCAGGCGGAGCGGCUAUCCCGCCAAUGACGGGGGCUGUGGCAACUCAUACUGGCAACUUCCACACCGCUAUGGCUAUCCCAACCUCGUUCUACGUCCUCGCGUGGGUGUUUCCAGUCUACGCCAACUUCUUUAAUGCGAAGAGUUUGGAUGGGCAUCGUUCUACUGAUCUGAACAUUACGGCACCGGGCAUUGGGAAAGAGGAGGAGCUAGAGAAGGGUGGAGAGGAAAGGCAGGAAAGGGUGGAAGUGAGCGCUGGAGAGAAGAUGUGAAAUGAGAGGGGUAUGAUUGGGUAAGGCAAGGGUUGGGAUGUAUCGAUCAAAGGAGUUUGAAGAAUGGCAUGGAUAGCGGUUUGGUGGUUCUGUGGCCAUUUCAUCAUCUACUUUUACCUGCUUCAAGUAUGACAGUGCCUUGCUGAAUUUUGGGUACACUUGCUCACCACCGUUGGAGGUGCUUCGGCGCAUUCUAAAAGUCUUGAUAAGAUGUAAAGUCCCUGAGAGCAUGAAUCGGAGGAAUGUCGUGCGCUGACAGUGGGUCUACUUGUCCUUGUUUGUGGUGCUUUCAGCGCUUCAUCAUAAAUCGAGACGAGAUCAAAAAGGGCUUGCCCAAACUCGCGUCUGUAUUAGAAUAAAAG